AUGACCUAUGAUGGACUUUGCGCGGCUCGGAAUAUUUUUAGUUGGCGAAAGCAAAAACAUUGGUUUUGCAUACCAGCCAUUGCUUCAUCCAAAGCCAUGCCACAAAAGGGAAGUAAGAAUAGUCUAGCUGGGAACUACUCAAUACUGGACGUUUUGAAAAAGGAGCUAAUAAAGGAAUUUGAGCAUGACGAUUCCACUCCGAACAGAGCCCUACAAGAUGAUAUAAAUAAAAAUGAUUACAAUCGGCAAAGGUUUCACAGAAGUGUGGACUUGAACUUCGAUAAUAAGAAAUCUUAUCAUGAAGUGAAUCAGGAGCUAUUAUUAGAGCUGGAGAAGGAGGAAUCCAAUCGGGCCAUCGAGGACAAGAAGAAUGGAGGCGCUUCAAGAAAGAGAAGACUAAGUGUCCUUGACGACAACGAAGGAGAAGCAGCCAAAAAAAUGAUUUCAUCUUCAUCAUCAUCCGUUGCUGUGCAAAGCUCGAAACUGAUCAAUGUGCCGGUUGCCGAGGGAAUACCUUUGACUGAUGAAAUUUUGGACAAGAUUUUACCUCUAGGAUUCACUCAACUCGGUCGCCCUCAUGGCUUUCAAGAAGAUGCAAUGGCUGUGAGAAAUGUAGCAUCAACAGAUGAUGAAUACUAUGUACCCCCAACGAAUCAAUCUAACUCCAUUCCCAUGUCAUUGAUUCCAACAGUUUCGUCAGUACAUGGUGAUCUCGAGCAUGUGAAGGAAGAAGAUGUAAAGCAUUUUGGCCAUCUCUUGAAACUACGAGAGGAAGACCUUGAAGGGGACUCGAAAAAAGAAUUUCAAUCGAUGAAGUUGAUACUAAAGCUAAAAAACGGCUCUCAACCAGUUCGGAAGAGAGCCAUGAGAUCAUUGACUGAACAUGCUGCAAAGUUUGGACCCCAGUUACUAUUGAAGCAAAUUCUUCCUGUGUUGUUAGAGCCUAUAAUUGGAGAACAGGAACGUCAUUUGUUAAUAAAACUAGUUGGUAGAAUCAUUUUUCAAUUGAAUGUGUCAAUUCGACCUUAUACCAAAGAAUUGAUUCACGUUUUAGCUCCUUUCUUGAUUGAGGAGGACCUGACCAUACGACAUGAAACUCGUGAUAUUCUAAACAACCUAACCAAGGUAGUUGGUUUUGCAACCAUGGUUUCUGCAUUGAGACAAGACUUAGACCAUGUCGACGAAUAUGUGAGAAACCUCACUUCGAGAGUUCUUGCCAUAGUAGCAAACACUCUUGGUCUAAAUCAAUAUUUACUGUUCCUAAAGGCAAUAGUCAAUUCUCGAAAAAGUUGGACUGCGAAACACACAGGUAUCAAGUCAAUCCAACAGUUGUGCAUCCUUUUGGGGAAAGGGAACGGAUCGGCAAUUUUGCCACACUUGAGUAUCCUUGUAGAAACACUUGCACCAGCAGUCAGUGAUGAAACACCCCAAGUCAGAAACAUAACCGCGGCAACGUUGGCCCAAUUGGCAGAGAAUGUAGAUCCCUAUGGUAUUGAUGCAUUUGAACCAAUUUUGGAGCUCCUUUGGAAUGAAGCGCGAAGACAAAGGGGGAAAGGGCUAGUGUCAUUUUUGAGAUGUAUUGGUUCAUUAAUACCACUUAUGAAUUUUGAUCCAAAAUAUGAUGAAUAUACCAAUUUCUAUACUGCAGAGUUGGUAUUCUUGGUUUCGCGUCAAUUUUCAGCACCCAAUGAAGAUAUGAGAAAAACGGUGUUGAAGAUUAUCCUGAGUUUACCUCUUUCGAAGAAAAUCGUGCCUGAUUAUGACUUGAAACUAGUCAAACCAUUUUUUCAAGCGUUUUGGAAUAGGCGGACUGCCUCUGAUAAUGUGCAAGUAACUAAGCUUGUUGUUGCAGCUACUGAUCAUUUGGCUGCCCAGUUUGACUUCAUAACAAUAUUGGGUUAUAUCAUACAUUUUGCCAAGGACGAAAAUGAACAACUAAGAAGAUUAGCGGUUGAAGCACUUUAUACGGUUAUUGGGAACAGGCCCGAUGAGUUGGUGGAGAUGGGCCCCCGUCAGGUUGAAUCUUUGGUUGACGGAGUUUUAUUUGCAUUUCAAGAACAGACAGUUCAACGGCAGGUUUAUCUACAGGCGUUCGGUACAGUGACAAAGGCAUUGGGGUCAAGAAUGAAGCCACAUCUCAACUUAAUUAUAAGCUCAGUGUUGUACAGAAUGAAGAAUAAAUCACCGGAGGUGAGGCAGCAAUCGUCAGAUUUGAUUGCCACUAUUGCUCCAGUGAUAAAGAUUUGUUUCAAACACGACGACACACUAUUGGAAAAGUUGAUAUUGAUUUUGUACGAAUCUUUGGGUGAGGUUUAUCCCGAUGUCUUGGGCUCAAUCAUUAAUGCGUUAUACUCUUGUGUCAAUUCAAUUGAUACCAAUACCUUAUUGGAGAUGAACAAUCCAUCUAUUAACCAAAUAUUGCCUACUUUAACUCCAAUACUAAAAAAUCGACAUGAAAAAGUUCAAGAAUCUAGCGUAAGAUUGAUUGGGCUAAUAGCCACCAAAAAUGCCGAAACCAUAAAUGCAAAAGAGUGGAUGCGUAUAUGUUUUGAUCUAUUGGAAAUGUUGAAAUCAAACAAGAAAAGAAUAAGAAUUGCAGCCAAUGCUACAUUUGGUCAUAUUUCUAAAACCAUUGGACCUCAGGAUAUCAUUGUUAUGCUUUUGAAUAAUUUGAAAGUGCAAGAGCGACAGUUAAGGGUUUGUACUGCUGUUGCUAUGGGGAUAGUUGCCGAAACUUGUCAACCAUUCACUGUUUUGCCCGCAAUUAUGAAUGAGUACAAGACUCCAGAGAGGAAUAUUCAAAACGGUGUAUUAAAAGCUUUGAGUUUUAUGUUUGAAUAUCUUGAUGGAAACACUACAAAAGAUUAUGUCUUUGCAAUCACUCCAUUGUUGGAGGAUGCAUUGCUUGAUAGAGACUUGGUUCAUCGUCAAACCGCAGCUACUGUUGUCAGUCAUAUUGCUUCAAAUUGUUAUGGAUUGAAUCUUGGAAGAGAAUAUGAUGAAUUUUUCAUUCACUUCUUAAAUUUGAUCAUGCCCAAUAUUUAUGAGACUUCUCCCCAUGUAAUAGCAAGGAUAUUGGAAAGUUUGGAUUCAUUAAGAUUGAGUUUGGGAUUAGGGAUUUUUAUGAAUUACGUUUGGGCAGGAUUAUUCCAUCCCGCAAGAAAAGUCAGAGCACCAUUCUGGAAGAUUCACAAUAGCGCAUAUGUUCAAUGCAGUGAUGCCCUUGUUCCAUAUUAUCCCCAAAUGCAAAAAGUGGAAAAAGUUGUGGUAGAAGAAGAAGAGGGUGAUAUCCAGUUUGAAAUUGAAGAGUUGGAUUUACGAUUGUAA